UUUUACAAUGUUUUAGCUUCGGGUAAUGAUGGACUAGAUCGAUAUUUAUGAAGUUUUGGGAAGUAAAUGCAUCAAUGUGUCAAGGGUCCAACAGAAUUACUCUCUGCUUUUUAUAGGGAUUCCCGAAGAGAGAUCUUGUUUGAAAGAUUUGAGAGGAAGAUGAAAGAAAAGCGUGCUCAACUACAAGCAAGUGGCCGUGGACUUGUUGUCUCUUGGGCUUUAUGUGCUGUCUGCCUUGUAGGCCAUCUUUCUAAUUUCAUUGGAGUGAAGGCUUCAUGGAUCCAUGCACUUCAUUCUACAGGAUUUCAUAUAUCUUUGUCUUUGUUUACAUUGCUUAUUCCCGGUCGGCGACUUAUCAUAGAUGGUCUGAAAAGUCUUAUUAAGGGGGCACCAAACAUGAAUACUCUAGUCAGUCUCGGGGCCUUGUCAUCUUUUGCUGUGAGUUCAAUGGCAGCACUUAUGCCAAAACUGGGAUGGAAAGCAUUCUUUGAGGAACCUGUAAUGUUGAUUGCAGUUGUCUUGCUGGGAAGGAAUCUUGAGCAGAGAGCUAAAAUUAAAGCUACAAGUGACAUGACAGGUCUCCUUAAUACAUUACCAUCUAAAGCUCGUCUUGUAGUUGAUAGUGACACGGGGGGUCAGGCAUCAACUGUAGAAGUUCCUUGCACAAAUCUUUCUGUUGGAGAUCAUAUCAUCGUACUGCCUGGGGACCGUAUACCUGCUGAUGGAAUUGUUAGAGCUGGUAGAAGCACAGUUGAUGAAUCGAGUUUCACAGGGGAACCUUUACCAGUCACGAAAUUACCUGGGGGUCAAGUUUCUGCUGGAUGUAUCAAUCUCAAUGGGAUGCUUACUGUUGAAGUGCAAAGACCAGGUGGUGAGACUGCAAUCGGGGAUAUUGUUCGAUUGGUUGAAGAAGCACAGACAAGAGAAGCUCCUGUACAACAACUAGCUGAUAAGGUUUCUGGGCAUUUCACUUAUGGAGUGAUAGCUCUCUCUGCUGCCACAUUUAUGUUCUGGAACCUCUUUGGAGCUCGCAUUUUGCCUGCCACUCUUCAUCAAGGAAGUUUGACUUCUCUGGCCUUGCAGCUCUCUUGUACUGUCCUGGUUGUUGCGUGUCCCUGUGCCCUUGGUUUGGCUACCCCAACUGCUGUGAUGGUUGGAACUUCACUUGGUGCCACAAGGGGAUUGCUUUUGCGUGGUGGAAGCAUCUUAGAAAAAUUUUCUACGGUGAAUGCCAUUGUAUUUGACAAAACAGGAACAUUGACUACUGGUAGACCCACUGUCACAAGAGUUGUUCCACAAGGUUGCAUUGUGGAAACACAUGCAAGACAAGAUUCAGCUUCCACAUACAAAUGGUCAAAAGCUGACAUCCUAAAGUUUGCUGCUGGUGUUGAAUCUAACACCAAUCAUCCAAUUGGUAAAGCAAUUGUGGAGGCUGCUAAUUCUAUGAACUGCCCAAAUAUAAAGGCAAAAGAUGGAUCUUUCAUAGAAGAACCUGGAUCUGGUGCAGUAGCAGUUAUCGAACAGAAAAAGGUUUCCAUUGGUACAUUAGAGUGGGUUAGGAGGCAUGGAGUUGAUGAUACUAGUCAUACUACGAUCCAAGAAUUUGAUGAUUUUAAGAACCAAUCAGUUGUAUAUGUAGGAGUAGAUGGUGUUCUUGCUGGCCUUAUUUAUGUUGAGGAUCAAGUCCGCGAAGAUGCCCACCAUGUGGUUGAGUCUUUGUCUAAGCAAGGGAUAAGCACUUAUUUGCUAUCUGGAGACAAGAAAAAUGCUGCUGAAUAUGUAGCAUCAGUUGUUGGUAUUCCCAAGGAAAAUGUAUUCUAUGGAGUUAAGCCUGAUGAAAAGAGCAAGUUUGUGAGUGCACUUCAAAAGGAUCAGCAAGUUAUAGUAGCUAUGGUCGGUGAUGGAAUUAAUGAUGCUGCUGCAUUGGCAUCAUCACAUGUCGGAGUUGCUAUUGGUGGUGGGGUUGGGGCUGCAAGUGACGUGUCUUCUAUUGUUCUAAUGCAGAAUCGACUUUCUCAGUUGCUUGAUGCACUGGAGCUUAGCAGGCUUACCAUGAAGACAGUGAGACAAAACCUGUGGUGGGCCUUUGGAUACAACAUUGUUGGACUUCCGGUGGCAGCUGGAAUUUUGUUACCAUUCACGGGGACGAUGCUAACCCCAUCUAUAGCUGGAGCUCUCAUGGGGUUGAGCUCCAUUGGCGUUAUGACAAACUCGUUGCUUCUAAGGCUCAAAUUUGCAUCCAAAGAAAGGGAAAUCCAUUCAGCUCCCUUCUUGGCUUCUUCUAACGCACCUCAUACUCUUGGUCAUAGUCAUAGCGUUGAUGCUCAUAAUCAUCAUCAUCAUCAUCAUCAGAAUGAAAGCUUGAACCAGUAAGUAAACCUUGUCAUUCUAGACACACACACACACACAGAUAUCAGAUAUUAUCGGUUGUAUGGUGCAAUUUAGUGUUAAUUGGCUUGUUGUAGUUGAACUCUUCCCUUGCAGCUAAUACUCGUAAGUAGCUAAGCAUUAUGAGUCCAUUUGGGAAUUUCAGUUUGGUAUGGAUAGUUGAUUUUGUUGAGAAAAAGUGGAGUUAUUGAUUGAAUUAAUCAUAAAAACAAUGUUCGAAU